AGAAAUUUUCCGGGAAACGGCAAAAGAAAAUAUCAGACCGAAACGGGAUUUAUUCUUCGUCUGGGUCCAUUUUUAAUUUUUUUUUUUCCAAAGAAACGCACCGUAUUGUCGAAGCGAUGAUAAUUGGGAAAUUUCUUCGACGACUUUUUUGUAGUGCUUUCGAAAAUAAGAAAAAGGGUGAAGAAACCAAACCCUAAUCGAGCUUCUCCUUCUCGGAAAUGUCGCCCUGAUUCCGCCACUUUUGACUCCGGCGCCGAUCUCACUCUGUCCGUGAAAUCUGAUUCUGCCAAGGAAUGGAUCAAUAUGGCAUUCCAGUUCAGAGAAGACAGAUGAAGCACAAGGGGAGAAAUGUUGUAUGGUCUGUUGGAAUGGACAAGUGUCUGAUUGAAGCUUUGGCUGUCCAGGCGAAAAACGGGAACAAAGUAGACAAAUGUUUCAACGAGAGUGCAUACACUGCUGCUUGUGUUGCGGUUAAUACUCGUUUCAAUCUAAACCUCAAUAGCCAAAAAGUUAUCAAUCGCCUGAAGACGAUUAAGAAAAGGUACAGAGUGAUGAGAGACAUACUUAGUCGAGACGGAUUCUGGUGGAACUCGAGCACAAAAAUGAUCGAUUGCGAAAGUGAUGAGCUCUGGAAAAGAUAUAUUGCUGUAUACCCAGACGCAAAAGCAUUUAGGGGAAAGCAAAUUGAGAUGUAUGAAGAACUUAGAACAGUAUGUGGUGACUAUCAAACUUCAGGUCGAUAUAGCAAAGUGAAGAGUGAAAGCAAUCAUCAUCUUAACGACAUAAAACACUUUGAAGAAGACUCUGUUUCAUUCCCUUUAGCAAGUUCUGAAGAACAUAGUGAUACAGAUGGAACUGAGUCAUACGCAGGAGGAGCAAAUGAGUAUAUGCAUGAAGAGUCUCAAGAUUAUCCUCCUCCUCCUCGAGAUCCUGUAAGACAACCUUCUAAACGUCCUCGAGACUUGGAUCCAUUCCAAGAAGCAAUGUUUGCAGUUGCUUCUAGCAUUCGUCGCCUAGCUGAUGCAGUGGACCAAAGCAAAACUUCGAUCAAUACAGAGGACUUGUUGGAAGCAGUGAUGGAGAUUGAUGGGUUGGACGAAGCAAAACAGAUGUAUGCAUUUGAGUUUCUGAAUGGUGAUCCAGUCAAAGCUAGAGCUUUCAUGGCUUAUAAUAAGAGGAUGAGGAAGAUGUUUUUGUCUCGACAGUUUUGGUGGUGGAAGUAACUAACGGAUUUGCUUCUAUGGCCUCAAAGAAUCUUCCUCUUUUUUUUUUUUUUUGGGUAGGAUCUAUAAGUUUGUAUUGUUAAUGGUAAAAGUUGGAUAUAUUUUGGUGAGGCCAAUUUGGUUUUGUUGUGAAAUCAUUAAUCUAAUAUGAUUUAUAUCCCAA